UUUCAUGGACCCCAACUAGGAAAAAUAAACCCACCCAAAAAGUCACGUGCUCAGUUAUGGAUUAUGCAUGGUAUGGAAUCCCCACCUCACUAUCACAACGACCUUUCACAAUGGAGCAACCUAUUUAACUGGACUUUCACUUACAGAAGAGAUUCUGAUGUGUUAACAUCUUACUCAGGAUUCAAGCAAGUUCCCAGUAAGAUUACAACACCAAACAUCACUACUCAAUGGAUGAAAAAGGACAGAAUGACUGCUUGGAUGGUAUCUAAUUGUUGGACCCCAAGCAAAAGGGAACGUUACAAACAAGUUUUCCAGAAAGCCAUCGAUAUUCACGUGUACGGUGGCUGUGGGACAUACCGAUGCGCAAGAUCCAACGAAAAUAGUUGUAUGGACAUCCUUCAGAAUCAUUAUAAAUAUUACUUGGCGUUUGAAAAUUCCCUGUGUGUAGAUUAUGUUACUGAAAAAGCAUUUAAAACGUAUAGUUUCUCUCCUUCCACCAUUCCAGUAAUGAGGGGAGGAACGAACUAUUCUCUUUAUUUCCCUCCUGGGUCUUAUCUUGACGCAAAAGACUUCAAAAGCGCUUAUGAAUUGGGAAAAGCUAUGAAUGUUAACAAAAUGGGAAAUACGAAAUUAGAAAAUAUUUUUUCGUGGACUGAAACUAGAUCAGUCGAUUUAAAUUCGGAGCGGCACCGUAGUUGGUGUUCUUUAUGUGAACGUAUACAUCGUUCUGAUAACUAUAAACGGUUGUAUUCAAAUAUCAAAUUUUGGCUGAACGACAAUCCUAGAUCGGCGUGUAAAUCUCCUACAGAUCUGACGCGGUAAACUGUAUACAAAUAUAUGUUUGUGAUACAGACACGUACACGUUCGCUGUUCC